CCGUCAACAGAGCACUGAGGAGUCAGUGAAAAUUUCCGAAACUCGAUGUCACACCACAGACGAGCAAUCCGCUGAAAAAACACCCGCGAGAUUUCCUGCGCAAUCAUGACACACAAAAAUUAUCCAAACAAAUAACCGUUUGAGGCAACGAGACAGUUUCACAAUCGAAAUGACACGUGAAAAAGCCGAAAAUACGAACGAGGUGUUUAUGUUACGGUGAAACGUGCGAGAAGAUCCCGCGAUGGAAUCGCAAUCAGCUAUUUUCUUCCGGAAUAUGAAUUUUUUUUAAAAUGGAGACUGAAAGUGGUGAUAAUUGACCCCAAGCCUACUAUGAUAUGAUUUCGUCAAAAUUCAGCCCUUCGACAACAACCACGACGACGACAACAUCAAGUGCUCUGAACUCAACACCUCUGAUUGAAUUUAACAUAAGCACAUCGAAUUAUCUGUAUACACCAUCGUCGACGAUUGAUUUAUACAACACAUCGAACGUUUCGAACUUCAACGAGUCGUCAUCAUCAGUGUUUCCCAAUUACAUCCGGACGACGUCGAUGGUUUUCUGCAUUAUAAUAAUGUGUUUGGGUGUAAUCGGAAAUGUAAUGGUGCCUAUCGUUAUUUUUAAAACUAAGGAUAUGAGGAACAGCACGAAUAUAUUUUUAGUAAACUUAAGUGUUGCCGAUUUAAUGGUGCUCCUGGUAUGCACACCCACCGUCCUCGUCGAGGUCAACUCGCGGCCCGAAACCUGGGUCCUCGGCAGGGAAAUGUGCAAAGCUGUGCCCUUUGUUGAACUCACCGUGGCCCACGCGUCGGUCCUCACUAUCCUGGCCAUAAGUUUCGAGCGUUAUUACGCCAUCUGCAAGCCCCUCAAGGCCGGAUACAUAUGCACCAAAACGAGAGCAUCCCUUAUCUGCUUAUUAGCCUGGUUCAUCGCUGCCUUAUUCACUAGCCCAAUGCUUGUCAUAGCCGAAUACAAGCAACUUGAUUACUUCGACGGUUCCAAGGUACCAGCUUGUCACACGUUGGCCAAUACGUUUUGGUCCGCCCUCUACUUCCUCACCAUAAUCUUCCUCUUCUUCAUAAUCCCUCUCAUAAUCCUUCUCAUCCUCUACUGUAUAAUCGCCAAAAAUCUCAUGUCGAACGCAGCAACGUUAGUCCUCAACAAACACAUCGAUAAUAUCUCGUUGCGGGCCAGAAAACAGGUGGUUCUGAUGCUGGGAACCGUAGUGUUGAGCUUCUUUCUGUGUCUGAUUCCGUUCCGGGUGUUUAUCCUCUGGAUCAUCCUAGUUCCGGAAGAGCAAGUCUAUCACUUAGAGAUCGAGAAAUACUACAACAUAUUGUAUUUCUGCAGGAUUAUGGUGUAUCUAAAUUCGGCGAUCAAUCCGAUUUUGUACAAUUUGAUGAGUUCGAAAUUUCGGACCGGAUUUAUUAUUUGUUCGGAAUCGAACCGAAAAUUUUACUUUAAGAGGGCCAGAAAUGGCACUUUUAGCACAACAGCCAACUCGUGUCGGAGCAGUACGUUCAGGAAUAAUCGCGAUGAGUAUAAUGUGUGUUUCAGGCCGAGAAACAAUUCGAUACUUAUCAAAAAUUUCAACGAUUCGCCGGAAUCGAAUCGAAGUAACGAGAUUGACGGGCCGGAAAAAUAAUUCCACUGUUUCUAGACCGAACAAUGGACGGUUUUUAUUUAUGUUUUGUAGAAAAAUAUACGUUUAUUUAUAGGACCAGGCAGUGGCGUAUCUAUUCGGACUUCAAAGGAGUCAAAAUUUGAAAACCAAAAAUGUGUGACCAUUUCAGGUUCUGAUUUUUUUACAGUAUGAUUAGAAAUUCAUAAAAAAUCGUUUAAAAAUACUCUAAUGUUAAUAAUAAAACCUGACUUGAAAAUAAAUCAACAGUUUUGUUAACAAAAUUUUAUUUUAUCUAAACUGAGCACUUGCUGCGCUUUGUUGAAAUUGUGAUUGAUCUUUGUGUUUUAUUCUAAUUUAACAAAGAUCAGAAACGGUUGAAUACUUUUUCUCAGUUGUACGUUUGACCACAAAAAAAUAAAAAAAACUUUGUGCAAGUUAGAAAUUCAUUAGAUUUUUAUUAAAAAAUUAUAAAAAAAAACUCAAAAAAGAAAACCAAAAAUUUGUGAUUUGCUUUUUAAUUCUAGUAAAAAUCGAAACUGGCUAUUUGGGGUUCUGAUUUUUUUGCAGUAUGAUUAAGACUUUAAAGAAAAAUCUUUACUGAAAAAUAUUCUUUAAUGAUAAUAAACCUUGAUUUGAAACUAAAUGGACAAUUGUGUUAACAAAAUUUUAUUUUAAUUAAAAUUUAUUUAUUUACCUAUUUAUUGAGCACUUGGUGCGCUUUGUUGAAAUUGUGAUUUAACAAAGAUCAAAAACAGUUGAAUACUUUUCUUCAGUUGUGUUUGUUCAAACACAAAAAAAUUGAAAAAAAGCGUAAGUUAGAAAAUUAAUAGACUUUUAUAGAAAAAUUCUUGAAAAAAUGAUUGUAAAAAGUGCCGACGUAUCUAUUCAGAUUUCAAGGAGGUUAAAAGCAGAAAACCAAAAUUUUAUUGUGAUUCGCUUUUUAUUUCAAUGAACAAACUGAACUGACCAUUUACGAGAUUCUGAUUUUUUUGCAAUUUUUAUUUUAAUAAGUAAAAGUAUAAUUACUUAAAACUUCAAAGAAAAAUCGUUAAUAAAAAAUAUUUUUUAAUGAUAAUAAAGCCUGAUAUAAAAAUUAAUGGACAAUUUUCUAUAAAAUCUUACUUCAUUUAUCAUUUACUUACAUUGACCCCUUGCUGAGUUUUGCUGAAAUUUGUAAUUAUACUUAUUAUAAUUUAAUAAAGAUCAUAAACUGUUGAAUACUUUUCCUCAGUUGUACGUUUUGACCACAAAGAAAAAAUUUGAACAAGUUGGAAAAUUAUUAGAUUUUUAUAAAUAAAUUUUAAAAAAUGGUUGUAAAAAUGCUAACGUAUCAAUUUGGACUUCAAAAGACUCAUAACAGAAAACCACAAAUUUGUGAUUUGCUGUUUAUUUCAAGUAAAAAUUUAAACCGAUCAUUUGGCGUUCUGACUUUUUUGCAGUAGAAUUAUUAAAACUUUAGAAAAAAUGUUUAUUAAAAAACAUUCUUUAAUAAUAAAUAAAUCCUGAUUUGAAAAUCAGUCAACAGUUUUGUGAACAAAAUUUUUCAUUUUUAUUUAAAAUUUAUUUAAAUUUGAAAUUGUGUUUUUACUUUUUAUUUUAUUCUAAUUUAACAAAAAUCAAAAAUGGUUGAAUACUUUUCCUCAGUUGUCCGUUUGACAACAAUUUCUUUUUAAUUUAAGAAAGUUACAAAAUUAAUAGAAAAUUUUUUGAAAAAAUGGUUGUAAAAAGUACUGGCGGGCGUAUCUAUUUGGACUUCAAUUGGGUCAAAAGCAGAAAAACAAACUUUCGUAAUUCGCUUUUUAUUUCAAUUAAAAAGCUGACCUGACCAUUUGCGAGAUUCUGAUUUUUUUGCAGUAACUUCAGAGAAAAAUCGAUAAUAAAAAAAUAUUUUCUAAUGAUAAUAAAACCUGAUUUCAAAUUUAAUCGACAAUUUUGUUAGUAAAAUUUUACUUAUUCAUUUAUAAUUUAUUUAAAUUGGGUUUUGUUGAAAUUUGUGAUUGUACUUUCUGUUUUGUUCUAAUUUAACUUAGAUCAAAAACUGUUGAAUACUUUUCUUCAGUUGUAUGUCUAUCUAAGAAAAAAUUUAAAAAAAAUUGUUAUAACAAAAUUUUGGAUAAAGACUUAAAAAAUGCUAAUUUUUCAAUGAUGGUUAGAUGAUUCUUCGGCUCAAAUGUAAAAAAGAAAAGAAAAUUUCAAACAAACGCUCUAUUGAAAUUGUGAUUAUAUGUAUCUGCAUGACUGAGAAAGGUAUAAUUGAUCAAUACUUUUGUUCCUACUGUACGUUUGCAUUUAAAUUGAUUUUUUUUAUUACAUAUUGCAGAGUUGGAAGGUCUCGUAAAAAAUACAUAAGAAAAUACAAAAAAAAGUACAGCAAUACAAUAAAAAAAUAAAUGAUUGCAAGAUCUUUAUUGAUCAUUCUCAUAAUCAUUAUAAUUGCAAUGUCAAUCAGCUUACACUUUGGUGAUUAGAUUUAGGUUCUGCUUUAUUUUGAAAAAUCGCAGUAAAAGCUCUUUUUGAGACUGACAAUUAUUGAAGAGAUAUUUCUCGUGUUGGCCCAAAGCCUUUUUUCCACACCACUGUUACGCCACUGUUUGCAGUCCGUUGUAGUCACUUAUCCCGCUGUCUUUGAUUCUUAUCUGACAAGUGCAUUUAUCCUUAUUAUUAGUACAUAUAUCAAACCAAAGAGUACGUGUUUAAUAAACAUAUAUUUAUUA